UAAACAUCCUAGUUGCAUGCAUGGGUCCAUCGUCGUGCAAUGGACUCGACCAAAAUAGGUAAGCUAGGUAGGGGAGUAGCGGAAGCGAGAAAUACGGGGACAAAACUCGCAUGCCUGCUAGGGACGUCUUCAAAAACCAUCAUCCCCCCCCCCCGGUGAUCGCCAUUCAAGAAAUUUAGGGAAUUACCAGUGCACCCUUCAUAUGCUAGAUAGGCUGGCCAAAGGGAAGGGGAGAAAGGAAGGACAAUCAUUUUAACCACACCAACUACCACCACCAUUAACUACUACCACCACCGCUGCAACUACUACUACCGGUACUGCUAUAGUUAACUCCGGUACUUCAACAACAGCAGUAACGCCCCCUCAAACUAUAAUUCCCCCUCCCUAUACCCCGUCUCAACCUUUUUUCAAUCCUCUCCAUUCGGACUAUUUUUAUUUUGAACAAUUGAACUUUUUUCUUUUUCUUUUGUUUGUUGUCCAACUUACUAUAACUGUGGGGGAACGAAAGAAGAGGGACUCCUGGGAUAUCGGUGAAUUUCAACCUGGACAGUCAGGCCGGUAGGAACGAACGGAUAUGGCGGGGGAGCGAACGGUUGGGGAGUUGACCACACCGUAUGGUAAUGCUGUUGGAGAUGGCUGCAGUGAAUCGAGGGCAUCGGGUGCGGGCGGAGGCGACAUCACACCUGCGAACACUUUCGAAAUGUCGCAGUACUCCCAUACGGCCUCGUUAUCAUCGUGCGCUCCGCUAUCGAAAGACCAGAAGUACAUCCGGACCGUUGCUCACGUAGACUUUACCAAGGCGUUGCUGGCACAGAAGCCGAGUCCUUGGACAAAGUCGAUGCUCAAGCUGUACUGCUAUCUGUUCGUAGCAUUCUUGAAUUCUUGCAUUAACGGGUACGAUGGAUCCAUUAUGGGGGGGAUCAAUGCUAUGUCGACAUAUCAAAGAUACUUCAACAUGAAAACAACCGGGUCAUCAACCGGCGUUGUUUUUGCGAUAUACUCCAUCGGGCAUUUCUUGGGGUGCUUCAUUUGCGGACCGUUAUCGGAUAGUUGGGGUAGACGUUGGGGAAUGUUUAGCGGGGCGCUCACGGUGAUCAUUGGAACUUGCGUGCAGGCACUUUCGACGACACACGCCUCGUUUAUGGGCGGAAGAUUUAUUUUGGGGCUUGGUGCCGCCAUAUUGACCACUGCGGGGCCGGUAUAUGUUGCUGAAAUGGCACACCCCGCUUGGAGAGGAACGAUCACUGGAUUAUAUAACACCUUCUAUUGUGUUGGUGGACUUGCGGCGACAUGGACGAUGUACCGAACCCAGUAUUGGGACUCGGAUCUUUCCUGGAGGCUCCCCAUAUGGCUACAAUCUGUGGCGUCGGGCACAGUGUUACUGCUGUGCCUUUGGUGUCCUGAAACCCCUCGUUGGCUGGUAUCAAACGACCGCAAUGAGGAAGCAAUCCGAGUCCUAGCAACCUACCAUGGUGAUGGGAACCGCAAGUCCCCCGUCGUGCUUCUCUCGUUCAAAGAAAUGUUGGAAGAGAUCGUCCUCGCGGGCUCCGACAAGCGUUGGUGGGACUACUCCGAGCUCUUCAAUUCCACAAACGCAAAGUGGCGAAUGGUGUGCGUUGCAGGAAUGGCGUUCUUCGGUCAAUGGUCCGGCAACGGCGCCGUAACCCACUUCCUCCCAGUCCUCCUCGACAACGUCGGCAUAAGAUCCGAAACAACCCAACUCUUCCACAAUGCAACCCUGACCGCCGUCUCCUUUGGCGCGGCAAUUGUCGGCUGCGUCCUCGUAGACCGCGUGGGCCGUCGGGUAGUCCUAAUGACAGGCACGGGCCUGUUCGUCGCCUGGUGGACCGUGAUCACAAUCUUGACGUCCUACUUUGGGAAGGAAUCCAACACCAACACCGCGGGCAGCACGGCUACCAUAGCUUUCAUCUACCUUUUUGGAAUCACUUACUCGGUCUCAUAUACGCCUCUGCAAGCGCUGUAUCCGGUCGAGUGUCUGAAGUACGAGACCAGAGCUAAGGGGAUGGGGGUGUUCGCUUUCUUCACCAACAUUGCUACGCUGUUCAAUUCUUAUGGGAUUUCUGUCUUCAUUGGGAAGACCAGUUGGGGUUUUUGCUUUCUUUACAUUGCUUGGGACAUCCUCGAGUUGAUUGUCAUCUAUCUUUUCUUUGUCGAGACUCGCGCGAGAACCCUCGAAGAAAUAAAUGAGAUCUUCAAGGACCCUAUGCCACGAAACAAGUCCUUACAGAAGCACUCCAUUAUCGUGACGGAGAGUGGGAUAUUGUACCAAGGAUUAAUAGGGGAUCAGCAGAACCUCGAGUCCCCACCACUACCACCUUCAGAGCAAAAAUUUUGAAAGUGUUUCGCGGAGGAAACGAGUUUACGUUUUUUUCUUCUUCUUUCUUUCCCGUUACCCUUAUCCUUAUCCUCGCUUAUUCCAAUGAGCGGGCUGGGCGGCGUGCCAGGAGUUUGCGUGUUGUGUAUGUGUUUUGUAUCAUCAUAUCCCUUUUCUUUUCCCUUUCUUCCGGCGCGUAUGGGGGUGGCUUUUUACUAUUGUUGUUGUUGACAGCGUUACAAAAGCCCUAAUAAUACUACUCUUGAAUGUAUAUUCUGUACCUUUUUUCCUUUUCUUUUCCUUUUUUUUUUCUUCCUUUUUCCUUUUUCCUUUUUCAGACCCGUGUAUCCGUGGUGGUGGUGGUGCGUCGGGAGUACCGUAUCUGUCGUUACCAUAGCUUGUACAAGUAAUAUCAACUUCAACACUUGGUCCAAAA